UUCUCUGACUAUCGCAUACUCUUGAUUGUUGCUUGUACGCUACCAGCUACCAUUAAAUCAACGAUGUAAUUACUUUUAAAUAAAUUUGCGUGAAAUCAUGGAAAAUACGGCUGAAAAAGACGUGGGUUUUCUAGACGAAAGCGACGACAAUGAAUACCAGCCGAAAUAUUCAGUGCGUUAUCGUGAAAAUGUUUCACCACCGAUGCAACAAAAAUGGAUAUCCAACGUAGACGAGAAUUUAAAAAUCUUGGAUCCCGAUGAUCCAUUGAUGAAGAGAUUUCAAGAUGCCCUUAAAUCACAUUUGCUACGCAUAGACAACAAGUUGUCUGAAGAAAUACGCGAGCUCGAGAUAGCAAUCAAAGAUGCUAAUAAGACAAGGGAGGACGAAGGCGUUGCCCUUUACGAUGUGCAGCAAGAGGCCGCUCGACAGGAAGCGGCAAUCGAAAAUUACAAAGAUAUGCUGGCCGAAGUCAUCAAUUUGAGAUCGGACACUGAAGAGCGGCUGAAAAUCAUCAAAGAGACCCAUAAAAAGAUCAACGACGAGUUUCAAGGUAAAAAGUCGAAAGCAAGCAAGUUAUUACAGAGCAUUGAGAGCCUCGACAUGCUUCAGCGGCAAUUUUCCAAGUGGCAGGACGAAUUGUCCGGCAACGUCACCAUCUCCCAAAGAAUAUCCGAGAAGGAUGCUGCCGUGCAGCGCGAGCUGCUUUUUCAAAAGCAGCAGAAAGAUUACAUCCUGUACAAGCUCGAGGAUGAGGUCUGGAGGCUUCAAAGCGAAAUCAGAGAUAUCGACGAGCAGCUGCAGAUCAAGGAUCAGGAAAAAAUUGCUCUGAGCCAAACGAUAGCCGACGCGAACGCUGACCUCGAGGGCUUGAAGAAAGAACAUAAAACUCUUUAUAGCGCGUGGAACAGCGUUCUCAAUCUUAUAAGUCAACGGGAUAAAAUAAACGAAGAGAUUAUCGUUGAGCAAAGGAAAAUUCGCGAUUCCUUGCAAAAUUUGCAAGCGCAGGUAGACAAGCUGAAGAAAGACUCUUCAAAGGAAAUGGAAAGCAACGAGCGGCUCACAGCUUUGCAAUCGAGAAUCGGCGAAGAGAUAAAAACAGUCAAGAAGCUUUAUGACGCUGACAAAGACAAAUACAUGCAUUUGGAACUGAAUUUCGUCAAAGUAUCAAAGCUCGUAGAGCAGAGUGAGAAAGAAUUCAAUGUAGUCCAGACGGAAUACGACUCGAUCGUGCACGAGGAAAAAUCGUUAAUCAAAGAAUUAUCCAAAUACGAGAAUCAGAAAAGAGAAUUGGAAGAUGAUGUAAUAAUAAAAUUGGAUGACAAAGUCACUCAUGACAAAGCGAUACGACAUUUAAAUAAGCUAUUGCACGAAUCUAAAGAUUUCAAUUUAGAAAACGAAUUAAAUUUAACUCGAUUAGAAAAUGCUUACGGCAAAUCUUUGUUGGAAUUGGAAAAGAUCAAUGCUCUUCUUGACAAUGAAAAAUUUGAUUUAGAUGUCGCUGAAAAAAGAAAUUUUGAAAAACAAAAGGAUAUUGAGAAGUUGCAAAUAGAAUCGAGAAAUUACGAUAUGUUAUUAAAGCAAAAGGAACGAAAAAUAGUUUUACUCAACAAAAAAAUUGAGGAGAUAUUAGUUAGUACAGGUAAAGAAGAAUCAAACCCUUUAGAUUUAAAAAUCAAAUCCAUGGAAAAAAAUAUUGAGGAAAUUGAAGGCAAAAUAAAAAGAGCACAGCAAUUUUGGCUGCGCCAGCAAGGUUUCAUGUUUUCAUUGAGCCAACAAAGAGAUUUACAAAUGCAAGAAUUAGGCGUCAUAAGUAAAGAAAUAAUGUUAAUGGAGCAAAAAAAUAUGAAACUAGAAAUGGAGCUUGAAAAACAGGAAAAAGAAGAGGUCAACAUGAAUAGAAUAAUGAACGCGUUACAGCAGAGAUUGCUACAAAUAAAUAUUAGACUCACGUCUCAAAAGGAAAUGAAAAAUGAACUAGAGGAUAAAAAUAACAUGGUUAAAAACGAAUAUUUAAAGUCCCUCAAAGAUGCCGAAAUGGAACUUAUUAAAUUACAAUCUGAUAUUAAAGAAUUGAACGAUAAAAAAAUUUCGUUAAAAGAAGAGCUUAAAUUUUCUCAGCAAGAGAGUCUUUCGUGGGAGAAAAAAGUGCACUUGGCAAGUGAGACUACUAAAUCUUACAAAGAGGAAAGAAACGCAGGCGGUGAUAUUGCAUUGAUGAAAAGUGAAAUACAUAAAAUGGAAAUGCGUUUAUCUUAUUUGCGAAAAGCUCAAGAGAAACUUGUUCAAGACAUGGAGUUUUGCAUAUCUAGAAGAGAUAAUAUAAUUGACGAAGCUAUGGCAAGAGAGAAAAAAAAUCCAAAAAGUCAACACAAUCAAAGAAUAGUACUCAGGAAAAGAUUAGAUGAUCAGAAAAUGAAAAUCAAACAAAUUAAUAAAGAGAUGAAACAAAUGGAUAACAAAAUUGCAAAUGUUGAAGCUGAACAGAACAAACUACUGGAAUAUCUGAAUGAAGGUCAGAAAUUGUUGAGAGAAAAUGAAGAUAUUGUACCAGACAUAGAAAAGCAAAUCAUUGAAGCUGAGCUUAUCAAACAUCACAAUUUGGAAGUACUUGUAAGGAAGCAACGGAAAGUAAAUAUGCUCCGUGACUUGAAGAAUGGCUGCUAUAAACUACUUAUAAAAAACGAAAUAGCUGUGAAUGAUGAAUGGCAAAAGCAGCAAGAGAUUAAUGGUUCUUUACAGCAAAUCAUGAAACAAACCGAACAUGAUUUUCCUUUAUUAAAAAAUGAAAUAAGGAAAAUAUUAUUAACUUUAGAAACCUCGUAAUUUUUACGGAAAAAUUGUAAAGCUCGUCGUGCGAAUUGUAAUAGUGCCUAUUUUCAUAAAGUAUUAUAAGUACAUGGUUUCACGAUUUGUGAGUUAUUAUUUUUCUAACAAAACAUAUAAAUCAGAAAUCACUU